UUUUAUUUUCUAAUAUCGAUGCAGCAUUCAAAACAAAUAGUAACUCGGAACUUGGAAUCUCCGACUUCAGUGUGUUCAAAACAACUGGGAAAAAUCGAUUUGAACAGUAAUCCAACUCGGACAUCGGGCCUCUUUCCAGAGCUCCGACUUUCCGACCUGAAUAUCAAUUACGUUAUGCUUUGACCUCGUAUUUUUCCGUGUUCCCAGUUGUUUUGAAUGCAGCAUAAAACCAAGGAUGUGACGUUUCAUAUGACACCAGAAAUACAUCCCAAAAGGUCUUAACAACAAGUCGUCCAUUCGUUUCCAGUGUGUUUGUUAGUUGUUAUUCACUCAUACGUAAAGACUAGCUUAAAACAUUUGUUGGAGAUUGCACCAAGAUGGGGGUUGACUAGCAAGCAUUUUGAUUAUAGUUAAACGGUUUCCCUCUAGCCAGCUAACGUUGUCGCUGGCACGUUAGUUGCACAGACCGGUAAAUUGGUGGUACUUCUUUUAAACUAGUUAACGUUAGACAUCACUUUGUAGUUGUACAGCACAUAACAAGGAAGAUGGGGUCGUCGAAAAAACAUAAGGAGAAAGGGCGUGAUAAGGAUGCAGAAGAGCGUCACCGCGAACACAAAAAACACCGUCACAAGGAGCGAGAGAGGGACAAGGAACGAAAUGUCACCCGAGAGAGGGAGAAGAGGAAACGGUCCAGAUCGAAGGAAAGGAGCGGACGGGGUUCCGAGAGAGAAGGUCGCAGUAAAGGCGAAAGGAGUGCUGGGGAGCCUCGCGUAAAGAAAGAAAAAGUGGAGGCCGGAUAUCAAGAGACUCCAGGAAUUGGACCACAGUCUGCAAGUGGAGAUGCCUCACUUAGCAUUGAAGAGACAAACAAGCUGAGGGCCAAGCUUGGUCUGAAGCCUCUGGAAAUGACUGACACAACUAAAGAGCUCGGUACGAAGGAGCAGCCAAUGGUUGCGGAGACGAUCAACCCUGUGUACAUCAAACAGCAGAACGAGAUGAGGGAGAAACUGGCUGCUAUGAAGGAGAAGAGGCUCCUCAAUAAGAAACUGGGGAAAGUGAAGACUUUAGCAGAGGGAGACUGGCUGGACGACACUGUAGCUUGGGUGGAGAGGAGCCGGAAGAUGGCCAAAGAGAAAGAACUGGCAGAGAAGAGAGCCAAACUUCUGCAGGAAAUGGAUGAGGAGUUUGGUGUGAGCAAUCUGGUGGAUGAGGAGUUUGGCCAGACCAAGAAGGCCGCUUACAGUUCUCGGGACCUAAAGGGUCUCACUGUGCAGCAUAGGAUGGAGUCAUUUAAUGAAGGGGAGACUGUCAUCCUCACACUGCAAGACCAAGGUGUGCUUGAAGAGGAGGGCGAUGUACUUGUAAACGUGGGUCUAGUGGACAAAGAAAAGGCUGAGAAGAAUGUGGAGUUGAAGAAGAAAAAGCCUGAUUACAAAGCUUACGAAGAGGACGAGAGUGUCGAUGACAUGGCUACGUUCAAGCCGCGCACUGUGCUGGGCAAGUAUGAUGAGGAGAUUGAUGGAGAGAAGAAGAAGAGUUUCCAGCUGAGCAAAGGGGGCUGUGCUGAGGGGGAACGGGAACGGGAGCUGCAGGCCAUCCGGGAGACCCUGAGAAACCAGGCCCAGUCCCUGGAGAUGCCGGCUCUCGCUAUUGCCUCAGAGUACUACACACCACAGGAGAUGGUGGGCUUUAAGAAGACCAAGCAGCGCGUCAGGAAGAUCAGGAAGAAGGCGUUGCCUGACGAGCUCCAACUAGACGACACUCGCAACACCGACUUCGGCUCCAGGGUUCGGGGUCGAGGUCGCCGGCAGAUGGAUGAGGGCCAGGAGGUGUCAAAGGAGGGUGUCAUCAUACCGGGACUAGAUGUACCCCAACAGUCAGAUGACAUCAGGAUGGCAGACAUGGACAUCAGUGAUGAUGAGGACUUCAUCCCCACUGAGCCGGCUGUGCUGGAGGAGGACGAGGCAGAGCAAGAUCUGCAGAAGCAGCUGGAGAAGCAGAGGAAGCUCAAACAGAAGCAGCUGGAGAAGCAGAGGAAGCUCAAACAGAAGCAGCUGCUCCAAGACUCUGGGGAAAAGGUGGCAGAGCAGGUCCCAUGGCUUGCAAGAGUGGACGGCAGUGACGACGAAGACAACAAGAACAACCUGAACAUUGUAUUUAACGCCACCUCUGAGUUCUGCAGAACUCUGGGUGACAUCCCCACCUACGGUCUGUCAGGAAACAGAGAGGACCAGGAGGAUAUCAUGGAUUUCGAACAGGAGGCGGCGAGAGAUGGGGCCGGAGGAUCAGACUCGGAUGAGGAUGAGAACGUUGGCUGGAGCAUCGUCAACGUGGAUGAGGAACAGAAGCAGCCUGAUUUCUCCACAGCAUCAACCACCAUCCUGGAUGAAGAACCCAUUGUCAGCUCUGGGCUGGCUGCCGCCUUGGCGCUGUGCAAGAAUAAGGGUCUCUUGGACACUCAAAUGCAGAAGAUAUCCCGUGUCCGUGCUCCUACCGGUGCCCUGCCCAAUGAUAACUACAGCAUUGAGGACAAGAUGACUAUAGAUGACAAGUACAGUCGGAGGGAGGAAUAUAGAGGCUUCACCCAGGACUUCAAGGAGAAGGACGCCUACAAGCCUGACGUCAAGAUUGAGUAUGUGGAUGAAUCUGGGCGGAAGCUCACUCCCAAAGAGGCUUUCCGGCAGCUCUCACAUCGGUUCCAUGGGAAGGGGUCUGGCAAGAUGAAGACUGAGAGGAGGAUGAAAAAGCUGGAAGAGGAAGCGCUGCUGAAGAAGAUGAGCAGUAGUGAUACCCCUCUAGGAACGGUCGCUUUGCUUCAGGAGAAACAGAAGUCACAAAAAACACCUUACAUUGUUCUGAGUGGGAGUGGGAAGAGCAUGAAUGCAAACAACAUCACCAAAUAGAUGUGGUUGAGAGGAGGGAUCUGACCAGUGAGGAUGCAGGCUGUGCACCGUUAGACACAAACACAGACUGAGAUGUUUUACAUUUUAUUUUCCUUGUUGAAUAAAAUCAAGUAGCUGCAUAUUGCUGUUGUGUGUAAAGAAAGUAGAGUUUUUGCUUUUGAUCCUGGAUUUAUGUAAACAAGGAUUGUUAUUUACAUACAUUAAAGAUUUGACAUGAA